AUGGUCAACCAUCUCAUAAUCUUGUCACUUGCCAUUCUACUAUUCAUUUCCUCAAUUUCCUGCCACAUGGAAAUGAAACUUCCCUCCCCACGUAAAACACUUCCAACAGGUGGCACCGAUUACGAUAUGAGUUCUCCCCUAGGAGCUCAGAAACCAUUUCCAUGUGGUGGCAAAACCUCACUCUCCUCAAUUACCACCUGGAAUGCAGGUGAAACUGUUACAAUCAAUAUCGAAGGUGGUGCCCCUCAUGGUGGUGGACAUUGUCAGUUUGCAAUCUCUCCUCGAAGUGAUCAGAAGAGGUGGAUUGUUUUGGCUGAUAAUUUGGGAAGAUGUCCAUUGGAUAAGAAUUAUUCAUUCAAAUUGCCAGGUGAGGUUCCAAGUGGAGAUUAUGUGUUUGCUUGGACUUGGAUUAAUGCUGUUGGAAAUAGAGAAUAUUACAUGAAUUGUGCUGAUGUGAGAAUUAACAAUGGAGGAACUAAAUUUGAAGGUAAACAACUCCUAGUAGCCAACAUUCCAGAUCCAAAUCUUUCAGGAUCAUCCGUUUAUUUCAUUGGAGAAAUUGGUGAAUUCCCAAAUAAUCCAACUUUUGCAACUGACAAAUUUCCACAAAGACCUGCUCUGACAUUGACAGCAAGUGGAAUUCAAGGAGGUGGAGGCGGAGGAGGCACAAAUCCAACCAACCCAACCAAUCCUACAAAUCCUGGAAUGAACAGCACUUGUAAUUAUUUCCUUGUUUCAGGAGAUACCUUAAAUGCAAUUGCUUCCAGAUUUGGAACUACCUUAUCUGUUAUAUAUUCAUUGAAUCCAACAAUUACUGAUCCUACCAAGUUGCAAGUUGGUGAUAAAGUUGUGUAUCCAUGUUCUGGUCAAUCUAGCGGUGGUUCUGGAAAUACAGGUGGUGGCAGUUCAGGAAAUGGAAAUGGCUCUGGAACUACCAAUACUUUUGGCUGUGUCUACUCAUGGACAAUCAUCUCAAAAUUCAAUGAUACUAAAUUAGGAUUCAUUGGAAAAUUAAAUGUCCAAACAAGUCUCGCACAGACAAACUGGAAUAUUGCAUGGACAUUCCAAAAAGGAGGAAUUUCUGCAUUCAAAUUGAGUAGCCAAACUUUGACAUCUUCUGCACUUUCUCAGGUUGCUAUUAAGGGAGAAACUCAAAUUGAAGCAAAUAAGGUCAUGUCCAUUACGGUUUUCGGGGUUGGCGGAGUUUCAGAUUCAGAAGCAUUGUUUGUGAAUAAUGAGAGAUGUACCAAGUCAUCGAGUGCUGAUUUUGAACAAACUAGUAAUUCAGCUCCGGUGUUGGAUUGCAAGUCAACUCCGACAAAUUGUAAAGAUUCAUGUUUGGAACAGUAUAAUCAAUAUUGUGCUAGCUCUGGAAUUGUAAUUUGGAGGGGAAUGAGUGCAAUUAUGACUGGAUUGUUGAUGAUUUAUUUGUUUGUAUUGUAA